ACUCAUAAGGUAAACACAGCCGGCUGCGUGUCUCAGCAUCUGUGGCCCCUCACCUGCUCUCUCUGGCCCCUCACCUGCUCUCUCUGGCCCCUCACCUGCUCUCUCUGGCCCCUCAUUUGCCCUCUGUGGCCCCCUCACCUGCUUUCUGUGGCCCCUUGGCCUUACACUAGUGGACUAGUGACACGCUGGGCCUGGAGAUUCUCUCUCAACACUGCUGGUGCUGUGAAGCCUUCGAAUAUUAAUCUGUCCAUAUACACUUAACAGCUUUGUUAAAUAAUUUAACAAUGGUGUCCAAGGCUCAGGUCUUCAUAGCCUUCACCUUUGGACUUGUUGGUCUGCUGUACCAGGUUGAUACAGACACUAGGACUUGGGAGGCUACAGAACAUGGAAUCAUUUAUGCUUCCCCAGAGCAGAUGGAGAGAUUUUUAACUAACCCAGAUUCAGUGGAAAAAUGGUUCCAGUGGGUUUCCCUGUUUAAGGCAGCAGACAGCCGUCCACUAGGUGUUGGUAAAAAAUACCAGGCAAUCUAUAACUUUCCACUGUUAGGAGAAUAUGUGACUUUGGUCAAAGUAGUUGAAUACAAGCCUAAUAGCCUAAUAAUAUUAGAAUCGAGUUCUUUUCUGAAGCCUCGAUUCGUGAUUAAAAUGGAGGAGAGUGAUCUCAAGACAACUCGUCUUACAUUUAGGUUGAAGUACAGGCGUUCAUCGGCACUCUUUCAGUGGACGGUUGGACCAGUUUUAUGGUUCCUCACCAGUCAGCAGCUCACUCAUUCCUUGUUCAUGCUGAGAAUGAUGUUUCCCUUCUGACGGUCGGAAGAUAACUCGCAUAGUCCUGUCAUGGCUACGAUUCAGUUAUCUUCUUCAGUAUGAACGAAAGGAGGUUGAAAUCUGACACUUUUCCCACCUGUUAUUUUCAAUGAAUUUUUAUCUAUUUAUUAUAUCAUUAUAUGUGACAAUUUGGAGGGUGUCCUGUGUUUGUUUACAUUGGGUGACAAUUUGAAUUUCUUGUAUCUAAUUACAUUUUAACCAAUAGGAAUUGUUUUUUUUAGGUUGGAAAUUAUCGCAUACACGUAUACAGUGCUAGUUACAAGCUUUUUAUAGGACUACAUUCAAGAGAAAGGACAGUAUAGAGGUACAUAUUUUUAAAUAUUUAAAAUUUGUCAAUACAUGGGACAAGUUGUCCUGUGAAGUCUUUUUUAAUCAUAAAAAAGCUAAAUUAAGUGAUGAGGUAAGAUAAUCAUUAUGAUAAAGUACUAAGCAAUUAUGAGUAUGUAGCACUUGGAAGGAACAUGAGGAUAAAGAUUUAGAAUAGAAUUUAGGAAAAAAAAAGUAUUGCCCAAUCACUAGGACAAUCGUGGAUUGAACACCAACCUGGAAGAAGUGAGCCCGUUGCACUAGCGUCUAACCCAAGUGGUGGGAAAUUAGAUGAUGAAUGUGCUGUAAUUUUCCAGUACAGUGCUUUACUUGACAAAAAGAGUUUGAAUGAUUGUUGUUACUUCAAGCUAAAUAAGUAAGAAAAAGAAAUAUCUUUUAAUUUUUUUUCUUGGAUGAAGCCAUACUGAACACUCGAAAGAUGUUGUUUAUAUUCAUAUUUUGUGGGGCCAUUUAUUUUCUCACAAGAAUUUAAUGCUUGUGUGAUGGUAGGGUGUGAAGGAGGCUGUUUCCUCUGGUGAGUGUUGUUCUCCAUCAAUAAUGUUGCGUGUAAGCAAACUGUUAUAUAGAAAUCACCGACCAGUUGUUUCACAAAUCAAGAUAGUUUUGUAAAAUAUUUGGCAACUGUGUGCAUUGUAGCUGUUUACUUUACUGAACACAUUAUUCAAUGUGCCCCCCUUUUUUUUUUUUUUAAUGACGAGUGAUAUAAAUUGAUGACUUGAAAAAAGGUGAGAUUUAUUCUUUAUUAUAAAGAAUUUAUAUGCUUGAAGCAUAAUACUCAGUAUUAUAUAUAUAUGCAGUCCAGUUAAACUUUAGAGAAAGGUUGAUGGCAUUCAUCCCAAUAGUUCAGUCUAUAAGUUAAACUGUUAGGGGAAGUUAUACUGAUUUUAGGGCUGGGGCCAGAAACCUUCGACCAGGGGAGUGCUGUUUGGUUUCUUAAUAGUUUCAUCAUCUGUUGAAAUACUUUGUAGUCAUAUUGUGAUACAUAAAUGAUUCCCCAAGAUACCUGGUCAACGGUUUCUGGCUCCAGCUCUAAAAUCAGUAUCUUACGAAAUGCUUUGUAGUCAUAUUGUGAUACCUAAAUGAUUCUAAAUCUGAAUGAUUAAGGGUUCACUGUAAAGUAUUUGAAUGAGAUGUUUAUGAUGUAAUUAGUUUGUUCAUAUAUAUGGAUGACCCAGGUAGUUUCCUCUGAUAUCUAAGUAUGUUAAAAUAACCUUGAACCUUUGCAGGCAUUUUAACCAAGAAUGGUUUUACAGAUAUUAAACAUAUAUAUACAGAUACACACCCUCACAUACAAAUUAUCUGAAAAGAUACUAUUGAUCUCGAGAAUUGAAAGAGAUUUAGAAGUGGUACUGGCUAGUAAAUGGAUGUUAGAAGAUGACAUCAAGGGUGUAGAAAGGAGGUGGUGAACACACACACACCUAAGAGUACUGGAAGACGGGACACCAUGAGCAUAGCUUUCAUCCUGUAACUACACUUAGGUAAUUACACACACACACACACACACACACACACACACUGUAACUACAUUUAGGUAAUUACUUAGGGAAAUUACACAUACAUAUAAGAGGUACCUUAUAUGUAUGUAUGUAUAUAUGUAUACUUAUAAGGGGGGUACCUAGUGCAGUUAUGGGGCUCCAUAGCCACAGAGAAUGAAAUAAAAAGCAUUCAGAAAAACAUAUACGUAUCAUGCUUAAGCUAUAUUGACUUUACAUCUUGGUCUUCAUUGGUGCUCUUGGUAUAAUGUUUCAACUUGCUCAUAGACUCAGUAAUGGUAGAAACUAGUGUGUGUGUGUGGUUGUUUUAAAUGACAUUUCUUGUCUUAGGGAAUUUUGUGCCUUAUACUGUAUUAGUCAGCUGCUGAUGCAAAUAUGAACUUACUGCCUAUAAGAAUAUUGUAUAAUAGGUUUUGCAUGUAGAGUACUCUAAUUUAAUUUUAUUUUAGAGUAAAUAUUGGUUAAUAAUAAACUGACAUGAAA